GCAAUAGUAUUAUAAAACCAAUAUUUUUUGUUUUUAUAAAAAAUAAAAAAAUAUAUUUGUGGUAAUAUAUAUAGGAGUGAGGAGGAUGAGGAGAUUGUUUGUCUACUCUGUCCGUGUCUUUCAAAUUAUAAACCAAAAUAAAUUAAAUUUUUUAAAAGUGUCGGUGAAUUCCAAAUCUUUGUCUUCUUUCUUCUCUUCUCUUAUGUAACCGUUUCAGUUUCGCCGUCAAAUUUCCAAAAUCUCUCUGUUUCAGUUUCGAUUCUUCCACAAAACCAGAUCGGCUUGAUGAUUUUGUAAAACAACUCAGCGGUUAUUAUAUAUGGAGACGGGAGCGGCGGUUACGGCGACGGUUACGGCGGCGACGAUGGGGAUAGGGACGAGGAAGAGAGAUCUGAAACCUUACAAAGGAAUAAGAAUGAGAAAAUGGGGCAAAUGGGUGGCGGAGAUACGCGAACCGAAUAAAAGGUCGAGGAUCUGGUUAGGUUCUUACUCGACUCCCGAAGCUGCGGCGAGAGCUUACGACACAGCUGUAUUUUACCUCCGUGGUCCUUCUGCUCGUGUUAAUUUCCCGGAGCUUUUGGCUGGACUAGGCGGAGGAAGAAGUAGUGGUGGAGAUAUGACGGCGGCGUAUAUAAGGAGAAAAGCGGCGGAGGUUGGUGCUCAGGUAGAUGCGCUUGGUGCGACGGUGGUGGUUAGAUCAGGAGGUGAUUACGAGGAUUGUCGUGGUGGUGGUAACGGGUUAUUGGAUCGGGUUGAUUUAAAUAAAUUACCCGACCCGGAAAAUUCGGAUGAUGAUGACGUGUGGGUGAAGAGGAGAUAGAGAGAGCAAAGCAAAUUAUUAUAAUAUUAAAAAGAAAAAAAAAGGUAGUUGUAGAAGAGAAUGUUUUUUUUUUGUGUUUUAUCAUGCGCUGUGUUGUCGCUAACAUGCGCGUAUCCAUGGGGUUUUGGGUUUUGAUUUUGAUCAUGGAAGAUUUUAUAAUUAAACUCAAACUCUUACUUAUAAUUUGUCACUUAACUACUACAAAAAUAGAUUUGCGUGAUCUUAAUUAGUAUUUUU